UCUCCGCAGCGCGAUUAUUUUCAAAACAAAAAUAAUUUUGAAUUAUUCACCUGUUCGAAAUCGUGCGCUGCACUGUGUUUAAAGAAAACGAUGUCGUUUUUAAAGUUAUUCAAGCAAUUUGUUGUAACUGGGUUCAACAAGAAACUACUGUUCUUAAGCGAGACGACCUGUUGGUCCUACGAGAUCCAGCCGGAUCUUCCGCUGGAGAAAUGCCGCCCCAAAAAGUAUUUCGACGCCGACAGUGACAGCGAUGAAGAAUCCACCCAGCAACCGCAGAAACCUCCCACCAACGGUAACGGAACGGCGGACAACGUACAAAUAGUGGCCCUGGAAGUGCACGAGGGCAAAUCUUUGCUAGCCGUGGCCACCAGUGACAAAUCUUUAUUCCUAUUCGCGAUUGACCCCGAAGGCGAUGAAACGAAUAAGGAUAGGCUGAAGCUGCUAUCCCGGAGGAUGGUUUCGCGCACUUCCAGUUGUAUGAAGUUUGCCGCCAGUGGGAAGUUUCUGGUCGUUUGCGAUAAAGGCGGCGAUUGCUAUCGGUACGACUGCGACGACGAUGACUGCAAGAAACCAGGCCGUUGGUUGUUGGGACACAUGAGUCAGGUCUUAGAUGUGCUGGUUCCGGACAAUGAGAGAUUCAUAAUCACAAGCGAUCGCGACGAGAAGAUUCGGGUGACCAACCAUCCGGAUUGUCAUUCUAUCGAAACGUUUUGUCUUGGCCAUGGAGAGUUUGUAUCGCAGUUGGAAUUCGUGACGGCUAAGGAUGGUAAAUCGCGACUACUGUCCCUUUCGGGAGAUAAAAGCUUACGAUUAUGGGACUACGAAACUGGAAAAGAGGUAGCUCGAAAAGAACUGAGCCAUCCAGGGAAUCGCUUUGCUGUAAAACAAUUGUUGGACGGUACCUUACUCGUGGCAGUUCUUUUCUAUGAACCGACAGAGAUGGCGAUCUAUAAGCUGACCGAAGUUGGAAGUCUAACUUCUGAAACUAUACAAACUCUGAAGACCAACCAGAAUGAAGUAUUUUCGAGUUUUUCCUUUGACGAGCGGAAUAAUUUAUUGUCGUUAGUUGUAGAUAAAGUAACUGAAAAGAUUUCUUUAAAAUGGUAUCAAUUUGAGCAGGAAAAAUGUAAAUUCAACGAUCUAACUCCAAAUCCUUUAGAGAAAUUGUUUUUCGACAAUACGGAAAACGAUAAGAUUUCUUACGUAGAUUCAGUUUCAUUCCUGUUCAAGAAGAAGUUUGACAAUCUGAAAGACUACCAGGAACGUAAAAGAAGGCGUAUUGAGGAAGGUGGUAAAUAGAACUGUGGUGGACGGAUGCGAUGAUGGAUGAAAUAAACCGGAUUGAAUCCACAA